AUGUCAAGCAGUACUAGCUAUGCAGAUAGAUUGGGACAAAUCGGUCUUGAUAUAACAUUAUAUAUUGAUCUAAUGACUUUGAUAUUUGGUACAAUUGGAUGUAUCGGUAAUCUAAUUAUAUUUACCACUCAUCAGCUACGUAAAUCUUCCGCUAAGAUCUAUUUACUCUGUAGUACAAUAUCUCAAUUAACCACAAUUCUCGUUUGUAUUCAACUACGGGUAUUUUACGAUCGUUCGGGAAGUAAUUUACAGAAUGAGUCCAGUGUAUUUUGUAAAUUUCGAUAUUAUAUUGCAGUAGCAUUUCCUGCACUCGCAGCUAAUUAUAUAUUGUUAGCGACUAUUGAUCGGUAUUUAUUAACAUCGGACGAUGCUAGAAUACGAACAUGGAAUCAAAUUAAGAUUGCGAAAUGCUUGGCACUGGUUACAUUCGUUAUUACACUUUUACUAUCAACACAUAUACUGUUCUUCUUUGACAUUUUUCAGAACGCUUGUCAAAUCCAACCUGGAAGUGGCUAUACCUUUAUUUUUGGAGCAUAUUUGAUUAUUGUUGUGAUACUGGCCCCUCAUAUGCUAAUGUUAACCUUCUCUGUGUUGACAAUAUUUACUUUGAGAAAAUCACGUCGACGAGUGAUUCCAGCAACUAGAGUGAAUCGCAUAUUGAAUCGUCGAAGAACGCUCGAAUUGAAACUCAUUCAGAUUAUCGUCAUACAAGUGCUUUUGAGCGUAUUGCUUUCAAGCCUACGUUUUGGUUCGGCUAGUUGUCGCAGCAUCGUUUUCGCAAUUAUACCUCCAACAGUGAAUGGGAAAGCUGCGGAAGGAUUCGCUGAGAGGCUUGGUAGUUCUUUGUACUUCUUCAAUUAUACGACGCCGUUCUAUGCCGCGAUGUUUACAGCCAACGGUGCAACAUUUUACAUUACAUGGUGCACCAGCAGGACACUCACAACACGGUGGUCCACGUUUGCUCAAAUAUCGACGAAUUCUAUCGUUUGA